CGUCUCUCCAGAAUUUGAAGCCACCAUCCAGUGGAUACUUGGCCAAACCUUGUCCAUACACACACCCUCUCAGUUUGAUAAGACCACAUGUCCAACUCUAAUGUUCAAACAAAGGCAAAAAAAAAAAUAAAAAAUUACAAAAAUAAAAUCCAAGGAUUGAGUAUCAGCAAUCCAAAAAGAAAAUGUCUGUGACAUCUUCCUUCCCAUGCAUCAAAAUCCCAGCUUGUUCCUCCUCUCCAACAUGCACAUCUUCAUCAAAUUCAUCUUUUAGAUUUUCCUCUUCCAAACCUUAUGCUUCUAUCACUGUAAGGAAUUCUCAGACUGAAGGGCCUCUCAGAAGACCGGUGUCUCCUCCUGUUAGGGAACCAUCUAGUACCAUCCCUCAGCCUCUGAAGCCUUCACCUCCUUCUCAGCCUCCACUCCAGAACCCUGCUCCUGUUGUUGGAGACGAUACGAAUGUCAUUACAUUAGAGUUUCAGAGGCAAAAGGCUAAGGAGCUGCAGGAGUACUUUAAAAAGAAGAAACUUGAAGAAGCAGAUCAGGGUCCUUUCUUUGGAUUCAUAGGCAAAAAUGAGAUUAGCAAUGGAAGAUGGGCAAUGUUUGGUUUUGCUGUUGGAUUGUUAACAGAGUAUGCAACAGGCUCAGACUUUGUUGAUCAAAUAAAGAUCCUUCUCUCCAAUUUUGGGAUUGUAGAUUUGGAGUGAAUACCACAAGAUUAUAUAUACUGUCAAUAGUUUCUUGUAGCUUAUCCUAGCGCAAACAAUGUUCAUCAAUUUGUUUCAUCUUCAUAUUUGGCAAGCAAUCUUGCUUCUUUGUCUCACAUUUACGAAAUAACAAAAGCAUCAUGAUUUUCCUUUUCCUUUAUGCUAUAAAUAUGGUAAAUUAAGUAGAAACAUGCUGUGACAUGAGUGACUGAUAAACAUGUAUCUUAAGUUUGUGAUCAAUCCAUGUAUAUAUGGAGGAAUAUUUCUUACAAGUUGUUAGUUACUUUAAUGAAUCUUAAUUUUUUGUAAAAUAAGAUUGAACGUGUUAGCAUU